AACCGUCCGCAAAAAGUUGAAAAUUGAAAUUAGCGAAUUUAUAUAUCUCUGAAAAAGAAACACAUUUAAAUUCUUUCAAACUGAAUCUGCUCUUUAAACACAUCUAAUCCAUAGCUAAUCUCUCUCUUUCAAUAGCUUCACAAUGCCACCCACUGAUGCAGACUUGGAUCUCAGAUCGUUUGCCUCUGCCUUCAUAAUUGGAGAUUACACAUUUGCUGAUGGCAGUAACCUGGAGCAUUGUGCUAAAUAUUUGAACCAGACGCUUGUUACUUUUGGAUUUCCUGCUUCCCUGGACCUCUUUGCCAAUGAUCCGGUUUCAAUUGCGCGGACCUGCAAUUGCAUAUACUCUUUGCUUCAACAAAGACAGCGUGACAUUGAAUUUAGAGAGUCUGCUAAUGAGCAAAGACAGAGGCUACUAUCAGAUAUAUCAAGAUCGGAGGCAAAAGUUGAGAGGCUUGAGUCUCAGUUACAAGCCAAAGAUAGGGAAAUAGCAACUAUCACCCGAACGGAAGCCAAAGCUACAGCAGCUUUUAAGGCACAAAUUGAAAAGCUUCAACAGGAACGAGAUGAAUUUCAGAGGAUGGUCAUUGGUAAUCAGCAAGUGAGGACUCAGCAAGUACAUGAAAUGAAGAAAAAGGAAAAGGAGUACAUAAAGCUGCAGGAGAGGCUAAAUCAAGUACUGAUGGAGAAAAAGAAGGAAUCAAGAUCAGGCAUGGAGAUAAUGAAUUUACUUCAGAAAGAAGGCAGACAACGGGGGACAUGGAAUGGGAAGAAGGCUGAUAAUGAUUUCUAUAAGAAAAUAGUGGAUGCCUACGAGGCUAAGAAUCAAGAAUUGAUGGCAGAGAAUACUGAUUUAAGGGCGUUGUUGCGGUCAAUGCAGGUUGAUAUGCGUGAUUUCAUAAAUGCUCCAAAUGGUUCAACCAAGCAAUCUUUGGCUGUCAAUGAAAGACUUGAAGCUGACCCCUCUCAGUCCCCCUUGGGUGGAAGGACGGAUGUUUUUGACCUGCCUUUUCACAUGGCUAGAGAUCAAAUUGAGGAAAGUCUCCGAAAUAAGAUGGCUUCCAUAAAGGAGCGUAUGGUUCAAUUGCAAGAUGCACAGAAAGGAGCAGAAGUCUCAUCUGAAGCAACUGAGAGAGAACUUGAACUUGAAGCUCAACUUGUUGAGGCAAGAAGCAUAAUCCAGGAGCAGGCAUCCAUAAUGUCUAAACAUCUUGCCAAAUCUGAGAGGCCAAGGGAAUCUAUCAUUUCAUCACCGUCAGAGAAUUAGGAACUCCCUGUUCAUUUCUGUGGUUGUUAGAAUUGUGGUCAGCCGUGGGUUCAUAAUAUCUUUAGCAGUUUGACCACAGUCCAGUACUUUCGGAAUUUUGCUUGGACCGGCUCUUCUGAUAAUCAGCAAGAUUGAAAGGUAUGCUCAACUCAUUCCCUGGUUGUCUGGGAGUAUGAUAUUACCAGCUUGAUAGUAUCUACAUUUUUGGUAUGAAGAUCAAUGAAGUUGGCUGUAUAACAAGAUGCAUUGCGGGCGAGCAAGACUCAAAUGGUUCUUUUGUAGUUGUAAGGCCUUGAAAACUUAGUUCUAGGCUGUAGUGUUAAUGAAAUGAGUAUCUGAACUUCUCUUUAGUUAUGGUUAUGUAUGCUGACAAUAGCUCUAGUCAAAUUUAUUUCAUCCAUUCUUCUUCUAUGCUUCUAGAAAAUAGGCUGCUUCCUAUUACCAUCAUUUUUUUCUCUCUUUGGAACUUAUGAUUUUAGCUAUUUUCUCGACUUUCAAUUCUAAUAUAUAGUUAUGCAA